AUGGCCUUGCCGAAGGCUUGGGAUGAGAUCAUGGAGGGAGCCUCGUCGAUGGUUCAAACAGUGGCUCAUUUCGAGAAGCAGGUGAAUGAAGCCCUAGCAAAAGGCGACCAACGAAGCCUGACAAAGCAGCAAGUGGUGGAGGCAUUGGUGACGUACCACUCUCAACACGGAACGACAGAUGAUCCAUGCGCCUUGAGCGGCUUCAAGUUUUCCCCCGAUACUGUGAGUGUCGAGGGCAUCCAGGCGACAGGAAGGGCUGCCCUUGAGCUCAAGAUGGCUAACAAGGCAAAAGCAGAAGCAGAGACAGCACGCAUCAACAGUGUUAAGGCUGCUGCGCUGGGGCAGGAUCCAGGAGCUGAGGAGAAAGCUCUGUUGGAUCUUCGCCGAAAGCUUAAGUAUGUCAAGAGUCGCACGCACAUGCUUCUCGACCUUGACCCGGAUCAGGGCAAGUCUCGCAACGAAGUUCUCCAGUCUGUGCAUGCAGCAGAUGUCGUAAAGAACAUGAGCGGUGAUCAGAAAUCCGCAGCCUUUCGGGAGAUCGCGCGCUCCCGGAUAGCAGACCGACGAGCAAAAUGUUCAGAAGUUGCGGAUACGAUUCUGAGUGCGAGCAAGAGGCCCAUGAAACUGGAGGACAUUUGCGCAGCUGCGGCAGUAGCUGAGGCCUUCAAGAAGAGUGAAGAAAAAACGGCUGUCGACAAGACUGAGCUUGACAACGUGUCUCAGAGUUUGACAGAUCACCUGGCUACCAGGAAGCUGCAGAUGGAAGCCUGUCAGAACAUCCGGCAGAAAGCAGCAGAGGAGAAAGCCAAGGCGGCUGCGGACUUGCGGAAGGUCCUCGAGGAACUCGCCAGAGUGGCGCCGGCGUACACAGAUGCAGCAACGAAGCUUCAGGCGCAGGAUGCCGCUCUGGACGUGCUGCAGGACGAAAUCACCACGGUGGAGACCAAGCUGGACGCAUGCACAGAUGCUGCGGCCUUUGCAGGAGCUAAUUGUCAAGAGUGUUGCGAUGCACUGGCAUCUGCCGAAGAAGCCAUCCGUAACGAUAUGAUCGCAGCGGCUACGGCGGUGCUCCAGCAUGGGCCAAAGCCUUGUACCAUCGCCUUCGGGGCAGGCCUUACUCAGCCGAGCUGA